UGACGUGAGUACGGGGGGAUAGGCCAGUGUAAUUGAUACCACGGCAUUCAACGUUUAUAGAAACCUCCAGUUUACAUUCAUCUAGAUUGACUCUUAUAAAAGCGUCCUUUGUGUAACUAACCAAUUACUUCCCUUCUCGGCUACGGUUGCUUGGGGGAGGGGCUUACGGUGAACACAGUGUUCCUAUUGGCUGACACGCGGGCAGAGCUCCUCUGGUUUUAAUGAAUAAUCCACAUUUGUUUUUUCUUCUGCAGAUACCGCUGUCAGCCUGUACAGUAUCAUCGUUUCUGGUGUAUUUAGGUGGCAGAAAUCAGGUGAGUCCAGCUCGACUACACUGAAAGAGUGUCCUCUGUCACUGGUGAGUGUUGGUUUUGUGGAAAGCCGGGUUUGAAUGGUGGUCUCCUUCCUUUUAGACCACUUCAUGGUGCUGCAGCUGCAUGGUGGAUCUCUAUUGCUUAAACUGAAGCUUAAGUGAUCAUAAUUUACUGUGCAUAAUAUGUUAUAUGUGCAUGGUCAUGCUCGUUGUUUACAUUCUGGUGCUUCCUCCUAUUGUUCACAUUUGUCCAAACUGGUUAGUCUUUUGUUUUGCAGGGUGUAUAAAAAGAAGGUGAGGGCUGCCAAUGAAACAAGUAACACGUUUGACAGCUUUCAGUAUAAUCCCAAGGAUUUUACAGUGGCCUAUCAGCCUCAAAGAUUUAAUCACUGUUUCUGGAUCUGUCAUGUGCAGAGGAAAAAAAAAGUAUGAUCAAAUGUUUCUUCCAAAUGCAUCACCCUGAGGAAGUUACUCACUUUUGCAUCUCUUGUGACUGUUGUUGGGGUGUUUCAUGUUAACAAAACCAGUUGUAAUUUGAGUCAGCACACUUGACAAUAGCUGUUUCUCCCAUGUGGGUUGUAUGUUGCAGGGAUGAGUAGGUGCCAAGAGCCAGGUGAGGAGGAGGAGGAGUUUGUGACUGAGAUUGUUUGUCAGGAGACGGACCUGGAAGAUGGAAAGUGAGUUAUAAAGUCUCUAUCUUUUAUUUAUUUUUCUUAAGACAAGUCUUUCUUCAGCUAACAUUCUUUGUUUGUUCAAUAUUCAUUAUUCAAUUAUACUUCUUCCUUGAUUAUAUUUCUACAGGAUGAAGGAGGUUACUGUGGGAGACCAGAAGGUGUUGCUGGUUCGUACCCAGGGUCAGUUCAGUGCAGUUGGGGGUCAGUGCUCUCAUUACAAUGCUCCGCUUGCUAAAGGUAAACCUCCCUCCAGUUUUACUUUCUCAGUCUCUAAAAUAUCUCACAUCAAACUUGAAAAAUUUAAACCACAUCCUCCCUCAGGUGCCUUGGUUGGAGACAGAGUAAGAUGCCCCUUUCAUGGUGCUUGCUUUAAUAUCAGGACUGGAGAUAUUGAAGAGUAUCCAGGUCUGGACUCCCUCCCUAGCUAUAAGGUAAAACGUACCUGUGAAGAAGUACUUUUUAACAGGAAUGAGUCAAGAGGGGUAUUUCUUUGUUUAAUACAUGAUCUCCUACUUUCUCCCUUCUUUAAUAUGUCAUUAUUUUUAGGUAAAAGUCGAGGACGGCAAGGUGUAUGUUUCCAUCAACAAAAACGUAAGAGUGAGCUGUUUCUUAGUUGUAAAAGAACAAAUGUUUGAUUUUAAUUUAUGUAAAACUGAUCAGUUUUUGUUGACAAUUUUUUGCCUGAUUGUUUUCCUCAGUCUCUGAAGUUGACCAGACGGAUAAAGGCGAUGUGCAGUGAGGCGCCAGAAGUAAAACACACCAUCUUGCUCAUAGGGGGAGGUAAAGCAUGGAUGUAACACACACUAGAGGACUUCAUUGUAAAUGUACUUGCAGUUUGAAAAUAGUAUUUGGCUCAACAUGUAUUUGCAGAGGGUCUAGAGAUCAUAUUUGAUUGUCUAGAUUUAUGGCAUGUGUCUUCUUGCUCCUUGGAAAAGUGUCAGCAAUAUUUUUGUGAUUCAGGCCCAGCCUCUCUGGUUUGCGCCGAAACACUGCGGCAGAACUGUUUCGAAGGCCGAAUCAUCAUCAUAACCAAAGACAACCUGCCUCCGAUCGACAAGCCCAAACUGAGUAAAGUAAGAACCUAAUUUGGGGAAGAUAUAACCAGUGUUCCUAUGUUUUAGUAUUUCAUUUCUCUGUUUACCAUCUUAUUUGUCAGUAUUUGUCAACAGCUUAUAUAGGUUUUUGAUAAAUGACUUUUCCUCUCUCAGGCUAUGAAUGUGAGCAGCGACAGCAUCCUGCUCCGCUCAAGUGACUUUUAUCACCAGCAUGGGAUUCAAGUAUGGACGCAGAAGGAGGUGAGAAGCAUUGUGGCGUUUAAGAAUAGGCCGAAAAAGGUUUCUCGUUUUUGUUUAUACAAAAUCUGUUUUGUGUUUUUGUAGGUAGUAUCUUUGAACCCAGCAAAGAAAGAGGUGAAACUGACCGAUGGCACUUUGCAGCGUUACGACCAGCUGCUCAUCUCAACUGGCUGCAGGUUAGACUCUCUUUCCUCAAGUUCUGUACACAUGAAGCAGAUUUUUCUCUUACAUGUGGGUAUCAUAAGACAGACUGAAGAGACAGAACACAAUGGAAACAUUCAUAAAUCAAUGUCGAGAUCUCUGCCUUGGAUAACACCACAGCAUUCUACGAUUUCAUUCACAGAGCGCGUCCUCUCAGCUGUCCUGGAUCGGACCUGGAGGGAGUGAAGUUACUGCAAAGCUACGAAGACGCAAAAGAGAUUCACAGCUCCUGUCUGGGCAAGAAGGCUGUUGUAAUAGGAGCCUCCUUUAUAGGUUACAAAGUCUGUUUCUCUAAGCACAACAGAAUCAAAUAAAAGUCUGUUUUUAUGUUUGAUUACCAGGGUGAUACAGGCACAUGACAUUUUUCACUGCCGUCUCUUUUUGCUUUUUAUAAGCUCUUCAAAUAUUUGACAGGGAAAGCUAAGGUUAUCUCACCUCACGUGUCGUCUCAUGGUUAUUGCGGACCGGUCAAGUGUUUUCCAUCAUUCCCACAGGCAUGGAGGUGGCAUCCUUUUUGUCAGACAAAGCUGCCAGUGUGAGCAUGAUCGGCACCACUAGAUACCCGUACGAACGUUCCCUGGGACCAGAAAUUGGCAAAAUGUGUAUGCAGGUAAAAGACAGUGAUAAAAGUGAUCACAAGUAUGUGCAGAAUAUAGUUUUGGUAGUUUUUGUUCAUAGAAACCAAGUUUUAAGACGCCUUCUUUUGGAUUUAGAUGCUGGAGGAAAAAGAUGUGAAGUUCCACAUGAGUGAUGAAGUUGUUGAGAUCAGAGGAGAAAAUGGAAAGGUAACGACUUUCACCCUUCGAGCUUUCUUUGCUGCAUUGUUAUAAUGUGAGAAACACUUGAAGAACAAACAAACAAUGGAUCUGUUGUACUGAAAUGUCACAUGACGCCCUGAUCGUGGGCCAGCACUGAAAUUUAGAAAGCUCAAGAGGACCUCGGCCAUCAAAUGUUUAUUAUUCACUCCUUCAUGUUUUUACACGGUGCUGAAUUUAGAGUGUGUUGUGUAUGUUUCAGGUGAAAAUGGUGGUACUGAAGAGUGGUGCAGUACUGGAUGCUGAUGUGGUGAUUGCUGGGAUUGGUAAUUCUAUUACUCAACCUAAACUGUGCCCAAAUAAAUAUUACAAAACACAAAUCAAGCUCAUUACAAAUGGCAGCCGCUGAUUUAAAAACAUAACACUGUAAUUAUGUCGUAAAGCUUUAUCUCUUAUGGUUACUUGAAGAGUUUCUUUGUCUGUUUUUCAGGUGUUAUCCCUAAUACAGACUUCCUGGCAGGAAGUAAGGUUGAGGUGGAUUCAAGGCAAGCUGUGAUUGUUGACAAGGUAACAUACAGUCGACAGUGAGCAGAGCCUGCAGCUGAACCUUGAUAUUGACAUAGCUGAUGAAACAUAAAUAUGACUUACCAGCUUUUGCUUGUUUGUGUUUUAAUAUAGUAGCUAAUCCUGGAUGUCAUGUAUCAUUUAAACCUUUGUGUUUAUUGUGUGUGGCUGACUGAAAUGAACAGCUGUGUAUAUAUGUGUUUGUUUGCCCAGUGAUGAUUCAGUCAACUCAUUUAUCUUCAUCAGUUCAUGAGGACAAAUGUACCAGAUGUAUUUAGUGCUGGAGAUGUCACCUCUUUCCCUCUGAGCAUCCGUGGGGACCAAAGGGUUAACAUUGGCCACUGGCAAAUGUCACAAGCUCAAGGUAACAGCCUUGAGAAUCAUUGCAGCAUUUGAUUUGUCCUUUUUUUUAUCCGUUAUUUGAACAAUUUUCUUUUCUUUGUAUCAUGUAGGGAGAGUAGCUGCUCUAAACAUGCUGAAAAAGCCGACCGAAAUCAACUCCAUCCCUUUCUUCUGGACCGUGCUGCUUGGGAAGAGUAUCAGAUUUGCUGGUAGAGUAUUGAUGGAACAUGCUGCUGACCUUUAUAUCACAAUUAUCUGACCCAGUCUUCAUCGACUCUCAUUUCCUCUUUUCGUUUCCUCUUUCAAGGAUAUGGGGAAGGAUACACAGAAAUCAUAUUUAAAGGCAAAGUGGAGGAAAGAAAGUUCCUGGCGUUUUAUAUAAAGUAAGCGUCAGUUGAAUAACUGCUGCUGCAUCUGAAUGAACAGUUUGUGCUGAUUUCAUUUGUUUCUUCUUCUGUAUCAGAGAUGAGUCGGUGGUAGCAGCAGCUAGCCUGAUGUUUGAUCCCGCUGUGGCUCAAAUUGCAGAGAUGAUGGCUGCUGGGCAGACUAUAACAAAGGCACAGGCUCAGUGAGUUUAACCCUCAUUCACACAAUCUACAGAGUUCACUUAAAUGUAUGAUGAACUCCUCAGAUGGGGAUAAAAGCCGUGGUCUUUGUAUCCUGGGACUGAAGCAAAUACUCAAAACUUCUUCAGUGAACCUGCACUGGGUUCAGUAUGACCUGUGUAACCUGUGUUGACCAAUUAUUAGCCACUUGGGGGCAGUGAAGAGAGGUUAUAAACACACCAUUGAGAUAACUUAAUGAGGCAAAUUAUUUGCAAGUAAUGGUUGUUUACAUACCCAGAAAUUAUGAGCUAGACUUAUAUUAUCCUUCAACUUGAGUUUGUGUUCACUCAGCAAAUUUAAAUCUUGAUCUUUUCUCCUAUUGCCUUGGUUUGGCUGUUCACCAACCCCUGACAGUAAUAUUUGCUCUCUUAAAGCUAACUUUUAAUAUCUGCUGUUUUCUAAGGACAGGGAGUUUUUAGUAAACUCUGGGACUUUAUGAGUUACACAUUAGAGUCAGAUGGUACUACUCUUGAAACCCCUUAAAUCUCCCUUUAGCUCCUUCAAACAUGAUAUUUUCAUCAGGUAUACAUGCCACAGAGUCAUGGGGUUUUUAGGGUCAACCUGCAGAAAAAAUCAGACCUGAUAAUCCCAACAUUAAGGGGUACAAAUGAUACAGGAAUAUGACUGAUUGAAUAACUUUGAUUCAUGUUAAAAUUAUUAAUAACAGACUUAUAACCUGUUUGUCUCUAUUUGGUGACGUGUGCAGAUCUGAUGACCUGAGCUGGCUGCAGAUGUGACCCGAAUCUUACUGACGCAGGAUGUCACUCGUCUUUUUUUCCACUCCUCCGUUCUCCCUCUAACUGUGAUGAACUGGAUCGCUUCCUUUACUGCCUCAGAGCGUCUGAGAGCCAAUCAGACGGCUCUUCCUCAGAGCUCUGUUUUAGCUUUAUUGAAUUUGCACAUGCAGUACUGAGUGAAUGAUCAGUUUUGUGUGACAAUUAUACAGCACAGUGACCUGUCAGUCUUUGAUGAUAUUCUCAACACAUUUAUUUUCAAAUUAGCUCUCAGAUUAUUAUUCCAUUUAGAGUAAGAGUAAUAGUAUUUGUUUGACAUUUACAGUUUUAUAAAAUGUGCUUCUUACCGUGUUAUCUACUUUGUAUCUUGAAAACACUCCAUUUAGUCUUAGAUUCAGGUUAUUUAUGAGUAACUUAUUCUAGUCAGACACAAAGGUCAGUUGUAAUACUGCACUUCACAAACACAGUAAUGAAGCGAUGAUGAUAAUAUGGUGUGAUCAGUCAUAAAUGUUUACAGCAACCUGUGGCCUUUUACUUAGUCGUGUAGCUGAUUGACUGAGAAACUUCCACUCAGAUUUCUGUCUUAAGUAAUCUGAUAAAAAAAGAGUCUUAUUUUUCACUUACUCACUCUUUGUUUUCUUUUGUUUUUCAUCAGAGCACAAUGUGUCGUGGCACAUUACUAAUGCUCAUGUACAGGGAUAAUCUGUGAGGGAGUUUGAACACCACUGAUAUACCACAUUGUUAUGUUUACUGAAAAAGGCCUGUGGGUGCAGCAUUGGCUGCAAUUAUCUCUGUUACAACUGCUUUAAAAACUGUUUAACAAAAUGUAAACCAAUCAUCUGAAGGCAUGAUUAAAUAUUGAAAAACACA